CUUCAUUCUAUUUCUCUUCAACAUUUGAAGUGGUUCAACCAACCUGGACACGAUUCAGACAACCUGAAACCACUAUGUGCACACUAGAUGAGGUUUGACACUGUCAGAGACGACAGAAGAAGAACAACCAUCAGAUACGGAUACAGACACAGACACAAAGACGACUAUCAGAUACAAAGAAAUGCUGAGAAACAACACAGGUGAAAAACACCCAUGAUUCAGGGAGUUAAGAGGUACAAAAAAAGAGAGAAACAGAGAUGAUCAUUUGUAACCUUGCCGUUUCUCUCCUACUGCUAUCACUUGGCAUCAGCGGUACAGAAAAUGGGUCUGUUAUGAAUUGUAUUUCAGUGAUCAGAGUGCCACGAAACACAGUGUUUAGAGCUCCGGUUAUGACCGAGUUGAAGAUAAACUGUACUAUAACACAUCUAGAAGGAUGUCACGGGAACCCAAGGGUCUCAUGGUGCAAAAUCAAUGGAAGUGAAUGUAAAGCUUUUAAUUACUCACAUCACAUAAAAACUGAUUUGAAGAGCAUCAAAGAACAUGAAUGGAUGUAUUUCCUGAUUUUCCUGAACAUCUCAAUGGAGGACAAAGGUUCCUACAGAUGUAAAGGUGGUGACACAUCUGUAGCUCAUGCUAUUAAUGUCACUGUGACAGAUAAAAAUGAGAAUGAGGGCAAUCAAAGCAACACACGUGAUCCGAAUUCAGGUGAAAAGGAUGAUCUUAAGUGGCUCUGGCCGUAUGUGUACAUCUGCAGUGGAAUAGCAGGGCUGGUGGUUAUAGUUACGACUGUAACAUUGCUUAUCAUCAGAUCCAAAGGGACAAAAUCAACAAGAAAAGAUACGACAACUAAAAAUCAGAGCAGAGCUCAUCACAACACCCCUUCCACCUCUGAUCAGCUGACCUCUGCUUCAUAUCAUGGCUGUGAAACUCCACCUGUCAGAGAAGCAUCAUCAGCUGGAAGAGUUUCAGAUGGUAGCCACAACACAGCUGUUACAGAAAGAGGAGAAGAGAAUGCUCUGGUGUAUGCUUCUUUGAAUCACCAGGCUAUGUCAAGAGUGCCGAGAAGAACAGCACGACAAGAACCAGAACAUUCAGAAUAUGCGGCAAUCCGGUUCCGGUAAAUCAACGAAUCAUUUACCUAAAAAAAGUUUAAAAAAGAAUACUGAGAAAUGACCGAUGAGAAAAUGGUGACUCAUUUGUCAUUCUGUAUUAAGAAAUCAAUUUAAAACACUGUCAGUGAGGAGCUGAAGUCCCAGCUUUUGGACACCUCUGUGUCGCAAAGUGCAAAUGUUUGCUAGAAUCUCAAGAGUCCAGCAAGAAUUACUAGUGUUCUUAAAUUUACAAAAACAAUUGAAUAGCUCUCUUUUCUGUCCUACUGAAAUAAAUAGAUGUGGAGAGUGAUUCACAUUCUAGCAAGUAAUAAACUACAAAAAUAAAUGACAGCAGCUUCUACAAUGGUUAUUCCUAUUUACAACGUGCUAUUUUGUUAUACAAAAGAAGCAGUUUUGAAAAUUGUCUUUGGCAACAUUUUUGAGGCUGAACUUUUAUUUAUUAUUUCCCUGUGGGUUUGUGGUUCAUAUUAUUAACAGCUACUGAAUGACUUAACAUAUUAAUUUGAAUGAGCAGCUGUUAAUAUGUCUGCUCAUUGCAUUGCAAAAAAAAAACCCGACCAACUAAUAAGAUUUGCUCUUUUGGUCACAUCAUCUCACAUGUCCAGUGUCGCUACUGUUGUGCGAAAUGAGUUGGUGUUGUUUGAUAAACACCAUAGUGAAUACAGAAUCUGAAAAUAAUUAAAUAAAAGAAUAUUAA